GUUAGAAUUAUUUUUAUACCCGUCCUUUCGGCUCUCAAAUCGCCCUCUUCUGAUCGCAAAUUCCCCAAAUCUCGAAUGAAUAGCUGCAAGUUCAACAUACUGAGGAGGUCAACGGUUAGCCUGUGCGAGCGGUUACAGGAGCCACGCGACUGCCGUCAUUUCGACCCCCUAUGAAUGGUCACUCAGGGACUAUGUCUCCUGUCUCAGUGGACGGCAGUGACUGGUCUGGAAUUAAUCAGUACCAGAAGUCGGAAGGGCCAUUUUCCCCAACCUUAUCGAGUCGCAGCAAUCUAGCCACACCGCCGACCUCGGGUACUGCCAAUGGGCCUAAUGGCGCUGGUAUACAGAAUGGGAGUUUGUCUGGUCGCAUGAGCGACGCAGGAAAUCCGCCUUCGCCGACCUCAACGGCAGCGCGAUCGAGUGACGGUACACUGUCGGACCAACGUAGUAAGCGAUACCGUCAGAUGGAAGAGGUCCUAGGGAAGCAUUACUCUGUCCUGAGAAGGUUUCUCAACGCGUCUUAUCGAGAGGACCGAAAUAGCAGACCAAGCAAAGCCAGGGACAAGUUACUCAGACUAUCUGCGACUCAGUUCCAUGAACUCAGUACUGACGUAUACGACGAACUACUCCGACGGCAACAAGCCACGCCUCCCCCCGGCCGGCCCCCUCGUCCCGAUAUCCCCCCAUUCCUGCCGCCGCGACAAGACUUCCAUGAAAAGCGCAACCAGGCUCGCCAAAAACUUGCGUCGCUCCAGCAUACCCGUUUUCGAGAUCUGGCCACGGAUGUCUACACUGAGCUGGAGCGACGGUUUCCACAUUUUCCGGAGAAAGAAUCUCGCAGAGCGAGCCCGGCUCCUAGCUUCCGUGGUCGUCCAUCGAAUGGCUACCCUUCGCCCAAUGGAUAUGGUCCCGGGGGAUACCCCCCUCCGCCUCGCUCACAGUCUCGCGGCCCACCGUCGCGGAUGGGUUAUCCAUCUGGAGGACCACCCGGCAGCCCGAUGAGUGGUGUAUUUCCUCCCCGGCAAGGGUCUUUAGGUGGUCCGCCGUCUAUCAAUGGGGACCAUGGCCCCAUGGCCAAGUCGUUUCAGAGCAACACAAUUGUCCCCAACAAGAGUACUAUGGUGGAGGACGAUGACGACAUGGUUGGGGUAGACGAUGACUACGAUGCGCGAAGUGAUGCUUUUGCCUUGGACGCGGUUUUGCAAAGCAGGCGAGGAACCACAACGACCCUGGGAGAGGGCGAUCGGAAGCUAUUGGCGGACACUCAGUCUCAGGUGUCGGCGCUGCAAGAAAAAGUAAACAAGCUCGAAGAGUUACUAAAAUCAAAGGACGAAGAGCUCUCUAAGCUUCAAGGCGAGCAAACAAAGGUGGAUGAGCUAGAGGGUCUACUGAAGGCCAAAGAUGAGGAGCUCUUUAAAUAUAAGGAAGGGCACCACAACACCCAAGUGGAUACCUCGGAGCGUCAAGAAUGGGAGGAUCUCAAGCUCGACCUGGAAGCCAAGGUUUCUAAAGCGGAAGAGUUAAACAGCUCUCUGCAGUCCGAGCUGGAUAAAGUUCGGACAGAGCACAAUGCCAUGGAGAAGGAGCUCCGAAGCCAAAUUGAUGAGGCAUCACGGGAGGGUGGUGGGGAUGCUGAACUGCAAGCGCGGUUCGCUGACCUUGAGGUUAAGCACAAGGGUUUGCAGGCCGAACUUCAAGUACAACAGAAAGUAACGGAAGAAGUAAGACGAGAAGCAGCUGGGUUCCUUAUGGAGAUGAAGGCCUUAUCAGAACAGAGCCACUCUAGAUGGGAACAUGAAGAGCGGCUGUCUGGCGAAGUUCAUAGACUGGAAGAGGAAAUAAAGCAGUGGAAGAGUCGAUAUGCCAAGGCGAAGACCCAGUUACGACACCUCCGAGCAUCCUCGACGGGCAUAGAACUCCGCUCCGAUGUCAACGCGAUCGCAAAGGAUAACGCAUUCCUGGAAGAAAAUGGUCUUAUCAAGGAUGUACAUGUGACAAAGUUCCAGAUUUCCAUUGAUGAAUUGCUUCGAAUUGCUCGUUUCGACGACUACAAUUUGGUGAUGCAGCAAAUUAAAGCAGUUGUCAUCUCUGUCCGGCAUGUCCUGCAGGACGUUGAAGUGGCUCCAGAUGGCGAAGAAAGUGUGUCUACACCACGCACUAAGGCCACUCGCAAAGUCUCCGCAACAGCGAACAAUUUGAUAACUGCGUCCAAGAACUUUGCUAGCUCAUGCGGUCUGUCUCCAGUCUCUCUUCUAGAUGCUGCUGCGUCGCAUCUGUCAACUGCUGUUGUUGAGCUCAUCCGCCUUGUCAAGAUCCGACCCUCGCCAGCAGGUGAUCUUAACGAGGAUGAUGAGGAUCAGCUGGCUCAGAUGAAAUCACCCGAUUACUUUAGUGUUGCGCCAAGUCAGGGCAGGUUCAGCAACAAUGGAUCUAUCUACAGUGCUAUGAGUCCUCCGUCUAGCCACUCGCGUAACGCUACAGAAUCUCAUACUCUUAACGGAAUGGCAGCAGGUACCAAGAUUAACUACCCCGGACCGUCUGGAGACCAUGAGCUUCAGGAACUCAAGCUCUACGUAGAAGACCAAACAGAGGGCCUGGUUCAAUCAAUUCAAGCUCUUGUUGCCAGCAUCCGCGCCGAAGAUGGCCUGACGACUAUACGCACCCAUGUUUCUGCUAUUUCCUCUAUUGUUACCAACGUCUCGUCGUCCACGGAGCAUUUCAUUCAUAAACCGGAGGUUAACCCGGUGAUUCAACAACGCGCUGGGCCAAUCAUUGAGAAACUCGAUCAACAUAGGGGCCGUUUGAUGGGAACAGCAGCUGAAGGAGAGGGAGCUUCCAGCGCCGAGCAGGUUCGGGACGUUACCAACAAACUUCCCCCUAUAGCUUUCGAGAUUGCCAGAGAGACAAAGGAGUUGGUUCAACGAUUAGAUCCAGUGGAUCAAGAAGAAUCUGACGAUGACUUCCGCUAGUCGUGCAGCCUUUAUCUUAGGUCUUGCGAGGAUUGCCUUAGCACUUCCGUCUUCUAACUGAAUACUUGCGUGCGUUUCUUUACCCCUUCUAUUUAUAAUUUUCAUUUCAUCUGCGGCCGUUUAAUCGUGCUGCGCACAUUA